AUGCAACGUUUGUUAACACCUUGCUCAAAAAUCGCAUACACAACAAGAUACAUUGCAAAUCCAACCCUACCUUACCCAAACCCAUGUGAUAUUUUCAUCAAUCAUCGUGGGAUCGAUACCAAGAAGACUAUUUCAGGCCUACUAUAUGAUUGUUUCACUAGACAACGUUUGACUGCUUUCUUGGAUAGUAAGAGUUUAAAGCCUGGAGACAGGCUUUUUGUCGAGAUCGACAUGGCAAUCAAAGCAUGCGGGGUUGGUAUUGCGGUUUUCUCUCCUCGUUACUGUGACUCUUACUUCUGUCUCCAUGAACUCGCAUUGCUCGUGAAGAACAAGAAAAGAGUCAUCCCUAUAUUUUGCGAUGUCAAGCCAUCGGAACUCUGCGUAAAAGACGACAAGACACGUCCAGCUGCCGAGAUCCGGAGGUUUCAAUUGGCUCUCGAGGAAGCAAAAUAUACCGUAGGACUCACGUUUGAUACAUCUAAUGGAGACUGGUCAGAGUUCUUGGCCAUGGCAUCGGAUGCAGUCACGAAGAACUUGUUAGAAGUUGAAGAAAGGAUUGGAGAUUAAUUAAGGAGCAUCAACACCACGUACAAGCUGA